AAAGAUGGCCGCGCCCGCUUGAGAACCUGGAGGUGGUGGGGUUUGUUGCUGCAACUGCUACCGCUAUCUGAGAAGAGACACGGGGAGAAGCCGCUGCAGCUUAGGCCCGCAGCCGAUCGCCCUUUCCUGUGUCACUCAGAAAUAAUGUUGAUAUUUGGAACUCAUGUCGAACAUCUAUGAAGAGAGGUUAACAAUGAUUGCAGCAGGGGAUUUGCAGGAGUUUGUCCCUUUUGGCCGUGACCACUGCAAACAUCAUCCUAAUGCGCUGAACCUGCAACUACGGCAGCUGCAACCGGCCUCAGAACUUUGGUCAUCAGAUGGAGCAGCUGGUUUGGUGGGGUCCCUUCAGGAAGUUACCAUCCAUGAGAAACACAAGGAAAGUUGGAAGUUAAGGAAGGGCAUCAGUGAGGUUGGGGAAGAAGUAGAAUAUGAUGAAGAACUCUAUGUGGCUGGUAAUAUGGUCAUUUGGAGCAGAGGAAGUAAAAACCAAUCUUCUGCAGUUUAUAAAGCCUUUACUGUUGACAGCUCUGUUCUGCAGGCAUUGUGGUGUGACUUCUCUAUACCCCAGGAAAAAUCUGAAAGAAAUGAAGAUAGCUGUCGGGUAGUAGAAAAAUGUAUCUGCAUAUUACAGAGCUCUUGCAUAAAUAUCCACAGUAUUGAAGGAAAGGAUUACACUGCUUCCUUGCCCUUUCAGGUAGCGAAUGUCUGGCCAACAAAAUAUGGCUUGUUAUUUGAACGUAGUAGUUCAUCACAUGAAGUGUCUCUAAGUCCAAACAGAGAACCUUUGCCUACCAUGUUCAGCAUGCUCCACCCAUUAGAUGAAAUAACACCAAUGGUUUGUAAGUCUGGAGCAGGUUUGUUUGCCUCUGCCAGGAUACAGUAUGUUGCUGACUAUUCCAUGAGAAUUGUUUUCCUCAAUGCUGAGCCCUCCAUUCUCAUGACGUAUGAUGCCACUCAGUGCUUGCAUUCCAUCUGGGCCCUUCGAAGAGUAAAAGCAGAGGAGCAGAGUGCAGUCUUGAAGGUCUCUGAGCAGGCAUGGACCCCACAGCAUGCAGCUGCCAGCAGUUCCUUCACUGUCCAUCUUAAGAAUCUGUCUAAGGGUGACUCACCUAUGGCUUCUCCAUUCCAGAACUAUUCCUCUAUUUGUAGCCAAAGCAGGUCAGCAUCAUCCCCCAGCAUCCACUCCCGUUCACCUUCCAUUUCCAACAUGGCGGCUUUGAGCCGAUCCCAUUCCCCAGCCUUAGGGGUACAUUCUUUCUCGGGGGUGCAGAGAUUCAACUUCUCCAGUCAUGUUCAGUCCCCUAGGAGGCACAGUGCCUGCCAUUCUCCGAACAGUGCUGAGUCCUUUCUUGCCCCAGAAACUGAACUCAUUGUUCCAGAGCUUUGCAUAGACCAUCUUUGGACAGAAGCCUUCACUACCCUGAGGGAGAAGAAUUCUCAAUCCUCCAAAGUAUUUAUUACAACUGAUUUUUGUGGGCAAAGAUUUUUGUGCUAUUUAGUGGAAUCCCAGCUCCAGUUGCGUUGUGUAAAGUUUCAACAAAGUAAUGACAAGUCACAGUUGAUCUUUGGUGCCAUUACCAACAUCCAGGCAAAGGAUGCAGCUCCAGUUGAUAAUGUUGAUACAAUGCUGGUUCUGGAAGGCAAUGGAAACUUAGUGCUGUAUACUGGAGUGGUUCGAGUAGGAAAAGUGUUUAUACCUGGUUUGCCAGCUCCGUCAAUGACGAUGUCAAAUCAAAUGCCUCGUCCAAGCACUCCCCUGGAUAGUAUCAGCACUCCUUCCAAGCCUUUGAAUAAACAUCUUGGACCCUUAGAUGAGCAAGGUGUGCUGUCUCCUGUUCCAGAGUUGAGGGAUGCCUCCAAACUUCAAGAGUCCUCUUAUAUUGAUGACUGCACUUUUCAGCAACCUUCAACUUUUAUUCAUUCAGUGAGAGAUCCUGUUCAGAACAGAGUGACUCUGGAAUUUAGUAAUGGCUCAAUGAUUAGAAUCACCAUUCCUGAAAUUGGAACUUCAGAAUUAGUCAGAACAUGUUUACAAGGCAUUAAGAGUAUCCUGCCCAAAGAGGUUGCUGUCCAAAUACUUGUCAGAUGGUAUAAUGCCUACAAUGCACCUGGAGGGCCAAGCUACUAUUCAGAGUGGACCUUAUUUGUGACCUGUCUCAUGAACAUGAUGGGUUAUAACACAGAGAGAGUGGCAUGGACGCGCAAUCUUGAUUUUGAAGGAUCUCUUUCUCCAGUCAUUGCUCCCAAAAAAGCCCGGCCUUCAGAGACAGGAUCAGAUGAAGAUUGGGAAUAUUUGCUAAAUUCUGACUACCAUAAAAAUGUUGAGUCUCACCCUUUGGCUAAAGCUCUGCAACUGGAUCCAUUGGAAGCCAAAUUCCCUAAGGAUAACCUUUCACACAACCACUGCUUGGAUUCCACCACUCUUCUCUUCCCCCACAUCCCAGUAAUUUUCUGGGUGCUCCAUUUAAUCUAUGAGGAACUCAAGCUGAACUGCUUGAUGAGUGAAGGAAUUCGUUCCCUUGUUGUUCUUCUGGUACAACUGGCAAGGGAUUUAAAACUGGAAGCUUAUCUUGAUUAUUACUACAGAGACUAUCCCAUGCUUGUCAAGGAUUCCAAGCAAACAUGCAUAAUUGAUCCCACCCAAACAGGCCUCAUGCAUCAUCCUUCCUUUUUUUCGGCUGAGCCUCCAAGUAUCUUUCAGUGGCUGUGUUCUUGCUUGAAGGGAGAAAGUGUGCCUCCCUAUCCUUACCUGCCUGGAAUCUGUGAAAGGAGCAAGCUGGUAGUGUUGAGCGUUGUACUGUAUAUACUUGGUGAUGAAAGUGCUGUUUCAGAUGAAGCCUCCAACUACUUGUCCAGGAUAACUUCAGGACAGCGAAAGCAGCAGACUGAACAGGAAGAAUCUCGCAGAUGCAGUAUGAGGAACAGCCCAUCUGCUUCUAGUCUUGCAGAAAAACUAGUUGUCUGGAUGACAAAUGUCGGGUUCACUCUAAGAGACCUGGAGUCUUUGCCAUUUGGAGUUGCUCUUCCUAUCAGAGAUGCAAUCUAUCACUGUCGACAGCAGCCUGCCUCUGAUUGGCCAGAAGCAGUCUGCCUUCUGAUUGGUCGUCAAGAUCUUUCCAAACAGGCUCGUGAGGGAAACCUGCCAAAGUGUAAAGCAUCUGACCCACAAAUGUUGUCAUCUGAUAUGCCUGCAACAGUGGAGUCAGAGGAGGAGGAUGAUGGGAUGAAUGAUAUGAACCAGGAGGUGAUGUCGCUGAUAUGGAGUGAAGACCUGAGAGUGCAGGAGGUGCGCAGGCUUCUACAAAGCUCCCAUCCAGUCCGUGUCAAUGUAGUUCAGAUGCCAGAAGUCAGUGACCAUGAAUAUAUUGAAGAAAAAGAAAAUCGGCUUCUGCAAUUGUCUCAAAGAACUAUGGCUCUCCCUUUAGGAAGAGGGAUGUUUACUUUGUUCUCUUAUCACCCAGUUCCAACGGAGCCAUUGCCUAUUCCCAAAUUGAACCUGACAGGCCGGGCUCCCCCUAGGAAUACCACAGUGGAUCUCAACAGUGGGAACAUAGAUGUGCCUCCCAAUAUGGCUUGCUGGGCAAACUUUCACAAUGGGGUGGCUGCUGGGCUGAAGAUAGCUCCAGCUUCCCAGAUAGACUCGGCGUGGAUUGUCUACAACAAACCCAAAAAUGCUGAACUUGCCAAUGAAUAUGCAGGCUUCCUCAUGGCUCUGGGUUUGAAUGGCCAUCUCACAAAGCUUGCAACACUCAAUAUCCAUGACUACUUAACAAAGGGUCAUGAGAUGAUGAGCAUUGGGCUGUUGCUGGGAGUUUCUGCUGCCAAGUUGGGCACAAUGGAUAUGUCUAUCACUCGACUGCUCAGCAUCCACAUACCAGCUCUUUUGCCUCCGACUUCCACUGAGCUGGAUGUUCCUCAUAAUGUGCAAGUGGCAGCUGUGAUAGGAAUAGGCUUGGUGUACCAAGGGACGGCUCAUAGGCACACUGCUGAAGUUCUCUUGUCAGAAAUAGGGCGUCCCCCAGGUCCUGAAAUGGAAUAUUGCACGGACAGAGAGUCUUAUUCACUGGCUGCUGGCUUAGCUUUGGGCAUGGUUUGUCUUGGGCUUGGCAGCAAUUUGAUAGGCAUGUCAGACCUGAAUGUGCCUGAACAGCUCUACCAAUAUAUGGUUGGUGGCCACCGGCGUUUUCAAGCUGGAAUGCACCGUGAAAAACACAAAUCUCCCAGUUAUCAAAUUAAGGAAGGAGAUACUAUAAAUGUGGAUGUGACUUGCCCAGGUGCAACUUUGGCAUUAGCCAUGAUCUAUCUCAAGACCAAUAACAGGUCCAUUGCUGAUUGGCUUUGUGCUCCAGACACGAUGUAUUUGUUGGACUUUGUAAAACCAGAAUUUCUUUUAUUGAGGACACUUGCUCGGUGCUUGAUUUUGUGGGAUGAUAUAAUGCCCAGUUCGAAGUGGAUUGACAGCAACGUGCCACAAAUUGUUAGAGAGAACAGUGUCUCCCUUCACGCAACUGAGAUGCCUUCAUCAGAAGAUCUUAAUUUGGAGACAUUGGCGCAGGCUCAUGUCUACAUCAUUUCUGGGGCCUGUUUGUCUCUGGGUUUUCGAUUUGCUGGUUCAGAAAAUCUGGCUGCAUUUAACUGUUUGUUUGCAUUUGCAAAAGACUUCAUGAAGUGUUUAUCAUCAGCUACAGCUUCCAUUGCUGGCCACUAUAACCUAGAAACUUGUCUGAGCGUGGUGUUGCUUUCCCUUGCAAUGGUGAUGGCAGGAUCUGGGAACCUGAAGGUCCUUCAGCUCUGUCGUUUUCUACACAAGAAGACAGGUGGAGAAAUGAACUAUGGAUUCCAUAUGGCACACCAUAUGGCUCUUGGACUCCUCUUUUUGGGAGGGGGAAGAUACUCACUCAGCACUUCAAAUUCAUCAAUUGCUGCUCUUCUUUGUGCACUCUACCCUCAUUUCCCAGUUCACAGUACUGAUAACAGAUAUCACCUUCAAGCCUUGCGGCAUCUGUAUGUCCUGGCAGCUGAACCCCGGCUCCUUGUCCCUGUGGAUGUGGAUACAGAUACCCCUUGUUAUGCAUUGCUGGAAGUUACCUACAAGGGAACUCAGUGGUAUGAAGAAACAUCUGAGGAACUCAUGGCACCCACCCUUCUCCCCGAACUUCAUUUACUGAAGCAGAUCAGAGUGAAAGGCCCCCGAUACUGGGAACUGCUGAUUGAUUUAAGCAAAGGAGUGCAUCAUUUGAAAUCAAUUCUUUCCAAGGAUGGCGUCCUCUAUGUAAAACUCAGAGCUGGACAGCUUUCAUACAAAGAAGACCCCAUGGGCUGGCGAAGCUUGCUGGCACAGACCGUCACCCACCGAAACACAGAUGCCCAUGCAGUGAAGCCAGAAGCUAUUUCUGCUUUCACAUCUGAUCCAGCGCUGCUUUCGUUUGCUGACUAUUUUUGCAAGCCAGCUGCAAGUAUGGGGCAAAAACAGGAAGUUUUUGACCUCUUUUCAUCCAUUCUGUAUGAGUGUGUUACUCAGGAGAAUCCAGAGAUGUUGCCAGCUUAUAUAGCAAUUGAUCAGGCUGUGAGAAGAUUAGAAAAAAAGGAAAUGUCUGAGACAUUUGAUUUGUGGCAGAUAAAGUUGGUGCUAGAGUUUUUUAAUUCCAGAAGUCAUCAGGAAAGAAUAAGGAAAAAUCCACAUGCGGGGCUUUUCAUGAAUUCAGAGUUUUUACCAGUGAUGAAGUGUUCUUUAGAUAAUACCUUGGAUCAGUGGCUGCAAGCCGGCGGUGAUAUUUGUCUGCAUUCCUAUUUAAGUGGACAACCUAUUGAUGAAUCUCAACUAAGUAUGUUGGCAUGUUUCCUUAUAUAUCAUUCAGUCCCAAUUCCAGGACAGCUGUUAGCUGGAGGCUUGGAAGGUAGUACAAGUUUCUCUGAGCUCCUCUUGAAAUUCAAACCUUUGAAGAUGCCAGUUCGUGCACUGCUGAGGCUUGCACCUCUGUUGCUGGGAAAUCCACAGGCAAUGACUUUGUGAAAGCAAUCACUUAAGAUUGACUCAUCUGAGUAACCAAACACAGUACCAGUAUAGUAUUUGACAUGGAAUGAAAGAUGCAUUAAUGAAGCAGCUUUGCUUUCAAGGUCACCAACUUACAUCUAACACAUUUUUCAUUCCCUUUUUUUGUUUUCUGAGUGAUCAAGAGAGAUUUAUAUAUUGUUGGACAGUUGACAUGCCGGUGCAAAUUAAUACAUUUACUUUUGUAAAUAAAAUUUGUUUGCAAAAAAAAAA